UUACAGUGUCAUAGGAGGAGGUGGCGCGGACUGCGAUACAGGAACGAUUGGAGAAGAAAACGAAGAUGACGUUUUAUUGCCUGUCCAUGACGAGCAGGGACGAUUCUUCUUCAUCCCACGACAGGGAUUUCUGCCGAAAAUGAUGCCGAUUGUCGAAACUGGAAGAUCAUCGUUGAAGAGGACGACGCAACAAGAGAUGAAUAGACCAGACACC